AGACAAAGCGACGAGUGCGGAUGUGUCGACAACGAAAAACGGGCAGCUGAAGGCCGGCCCGGCCUGAUGGCGAACAUAGCAGUGCGCACACUACUCGUGACGGCAUUUUUGGCCACUGUUGCGGAUGCUGGCGCGGCACGUUUUGGCGAUCGUUUGGCACCCCGCGUGCCGGCUCCUUAUGCACCCCGCAAUGCGCCUGCAGCGCAACACUACGUUGAUAAUGAAGAUGACGAUUUAUACGAACAAGAUUAUGAUGAGCACGACAACCAUAAUGAAGAUGAUCCACCAUUAGAAACAAAGCAACCACAGAGUCCACCUCGACGACCAACGCGUACAGAAGCUCAUCGCCUCGAAAUGAGCACUGAAUAUUUUGUGAUACCUGAGCGCCCAUCACCGGUUCCCUUACCAUCAUCAACCUCGCGCACAGUUACUAUAUCAACGAUACGGCCGUCGAAUACAACGCCAGCCCAGAUAUCACCAUCACACAAAGUCACCAUACUAAGAGAUGAAUCUUGGGCAGUACCUAUAUUAGCAUUAGCUUGUGCAAGCAUGGUCGUGAUUGGUGGUUUUGAAGCAUUUAUUGUAUGGGGUGCAAGUAAAAAGGCACCCAGUCAAAGGCACUUGCUUUUGGGACAAAGCUUGCUAUUGGGACUAUUUACGUGUGCAGCUACGGCUGCACUGUUUACCGCUGCACCCACUGCAUUUACCUGUGGUGCCGUUCGAUUUGGCACAGGCGUUGCCUACGUAAUAGUGUUUGCAUCACUUCUUGUAAAAUGUGUCUUCCUAUUAAGUUUAAAUGGUGGAGUAUACUUACCUGCAGCAUACCAAGGAUUGUUAUUAUUUUUUGCUGUAAUGAUCCAAGUGGCCAUUGGUGCACAAUGGUUAGGUGGUUCACCCCCACGAGUGGCAUUUGGAGCAUCAAAAUGUGAUUCACCUCUAUCAGAUUUACUGCUUUCAUUGUGCUAUGCAGCAUUUUUAAUCGCAGUUGUUUGUGGAGUAGCUCUGCGAUCGCGGGGUAUACGCGACAACUACAGAGAAGCGACACACAUUGCAGGAGCCGGAGGUGCAACUGCCGCAGUGUGGAUCUGUUGGAUAGCAGCAGCCCUAGGAGCACCUGAACAACAUCGGGAAGCAUGUGUUGCGGCAGGAUUAAUAGGCACAUGUGUUGUAGUAUUUGCGCUAAUGUUUGCGCCAAAAGGACGACGCCUAGCGGCAUUAGGUCGAGAGGGUCGAUGGGAUGCUGACCGAGAAGAGGGACUCAGUUCAAUAGGCGCGGGUGGUUCCGGUUACUCCCCAUCUUUUUUCCAUUUCAAACCAGUCAAGUAUGGUAUGGUGUCAGCUGCAGCUCCUGGACCAGCUCUGCCACCUAUGCUCGACCGCAAGGAACCCCCUGCUCAGCCAGCCGAUCCAUUCGGAGCUAAAUUCGCUGGUUCACUUCUGCACGCACGCUCACUGUGUCCUCCGCCACACUACCCACUGCACCCACUAACGCAUUAUCACUACAAUUUUCCGCCUUAUCAUUACCUUCUACCGCCAGGCGUGAUGAUGCGUCCGGAGGAGGGCAACGUGUACACGAGCGUAGAGCCCACCUUCAGCAGCAACCCCAACGUCUUCUUCCAACGGACAGAGCCGUUGCACGUCGGCAUGAUGUACUGAGCCUCUGGCAAACCAGCGUUCCAACGCGAACAGUGAGAUUUGACAGUGCAACUGCUAGUCACUACUUGGUAAUUGUUAUGCAUUAGUAGCAUUCUGUACCAAAUUUGAUAACGGAACAUUAACUAUUGUAUUACAACGCUUCUGUCACAGUAUUUCUGAUAUGAACGAUAUAAGCCAGAGAUAUGAAACUUGGCAUACCUAGUUAAGGAUUGUUAUGACCCAAUGCCAAAUUAUAGAUAUGAAUGAAUCCCAUCGAGUGUCGAAGUAUCAAAAUAAGCUAGUACCAAUCACUUUUCCUACACUUUUAAUUUAACUUGUAUUCACUAAAUAACUAAUUAAAGGUAUCCAGCCUAGUUACAUCCAGGAAUGUCUCAAUCCAGGGUGCAGGGGGUGUUAAAGACUUGGGUGCCAUGCUUUGGGGGGCGCCUCGCCAAUGAUGGUCAAGUCUUGAAACAGAGGUGAGGUGCCCCAGAAGGUCUCUUUAAAAUGAUUUGGGGGAGGGAAGACUGCCAGAACACUGAUGCGCCCUGGCGCUUGUUGUGCUUAAGACAUGGCUGGUUACACCUAAAGUAUUCCUCAGAAAACCUAAAAAAUUGGUAACUUUAAAAAAAUAUGGCAGUAUUCAUCAUGAAAAUAAAUUAUAAGUAUUGUAUUGUAGGCUUAUUGCUAUAGUAUUAGUGAACUUGUUCCAAACUGCACUGUCAUAUAAAUUCGAAUAAUUGAGAGCUUCUGUUAUAUAAGUGAAAGCGUUAAUCUAGUUUCAGUAUAUAAUAUAUUAAACAGCCAUGAUACGGAACACUUAUUUUGCGGAGGCAAUUCCCCAGUGAAUUUAAAUAUUUACAAUUUAAAACUAUAUAUUAGUGUGAAAUUGUAUAAUUUCGCAUUUACUGUUUCAUAUAUUCAAUUCAUACAUAGGUCGCAAUUAAUUUUAAUCUCAAACUCUUGAAAGUUGUUAUUGUACUAAAUUAUGAGUUAAUACUAUGUUUGCUUUUAAAAAGCUUUUAAUGAUUUUUAACAUAUAAUCGCAAAAAAUUUUGCAGAACUCAUAUGUAAGAAUCUAUGACAAUCUGAAUAAAAUUAAAUUUCAUUAAAAUCAUUGCAAGAUUCAACACAAUUUUUUAAUGGUCAUAAAUACUAAUAGAUAAUAUAAAAUAUCUCAAUACUUUUACCUUAUUAUACUCUACCUAAAUUUUAUACAUUCCAAUUAUGUACAUUCUUGUACAACUGUAUAGUUA